AUGGAGAAGAAGAGCGAUCGCAAUGGAGAUGCAGUUGAAAGGCGGCCCAAGACGAAGAUCGUGUGCACGCUGGGGCCAGCCUCCCGGUCCGUGCCCAUGGUGGAGAAGCUACUUCGGGCCGGGAUGAACGUGGCCCGGUUCAACUUCUCACACGGAUCUUAUGAGUACCAUCAGGAGACUCUCGAUAACCUCCGCAGAGCCAUGGAGAACACCGGCAUCCUCUGCGCCGGCCCGGAAAUCCGAACUGGGUUCUUGAAAGAUGGCAAGCCUGUCCAACUGAAACAGGGCCAAGAGAUUACGAUAUCCACCGACUACAGUAUAAAGGGUGAUGAGAAGAUGAUCUGCAUGAGCUACAAAAAGCUGGCUGAGGACGUCAAGCCGGGAAGUGUGAUACUCUGUGCUGAUGGUACAAUAUCAUUCUCUGUUUUGUCUUGUGACAAAGAACAAGGCUUGGUACAGUGCCGCUGUGAGAACACGGCAGUCCUUGGUGAGAAAAAGAAUGUCAACCUUCCUGGGGUCAUCGUGGACCUUCCAACUCUGACUGAGAAAGACAAGGAAGAUAUCUUGAAAUGGGGGGUCCCGAAUGAUAUCGACAUGAUUGCUCUUUCUUUCGUUCGCAAAGGUUCUGACUUGGUGGAGGUCCGCAAGUUGCUGGGUGAACAUGCCAAGAACAUCCUUCUCAUGUCUAAGGUUGAAAAUCAAGAAGGGGUGGCAAACUUUGAUGAGAUCCUUGCCAACUCUGAUGCAUUCAUGGUGGCCAGAGGAGACCUGGGGAUGGAAAUCCCCAUCGAGAAGAUAUUCUUGGCCCAGAAGGUGAUGAUCUACAAAUGCAACAUCCAGGGAAAGCCCGUUGUGACAGCCACCCAGAUGCUGGAGUCCAUGAUCAAGUCCCCACGACCGACCCGUGCGGAAGCCACCGACGUAGCCAAUGCCGUUCUCGACGGGACAGACUGCGUCAUGCUGAGUGGUGAAACAGCCGCCGGAGCCUACCCGGACCUCGCUGUCGGCACCAUGGCUAAAAUAUGUAUCGAGGCCGAGGGCACUAUCGACUAUGGAGAUGUAUUCAAACGGAUAACUGUAAAUGCACCUGUCCCCAUGAGCCCGCUCGAGAGCCUGGCCUCGUCUGCCGUUAGGACGGCCAACUCUGCUGGGGCUGCUCUUAUAUUGGUCCUGACCAGAGGAGGGAGCACGGCCAAGCUGGUGGCCAAGUACCGGCCGGGAAUGCCGAUACUGUCGGUGGUGGUCCCUGAGAUCAAGACCGACUCAUUUGAUUGGUCGUGCAGCGACGAGUCGCCUGCCAGGCACAGCCUCAUUUUCAGGGGUUUGGUUCCGAUACUGUGUGCAGGGUCCACAAGAGCGUCCCGUGAGGAGUCGACUGAGGAGGCACUGGUGUUUGCUCUAGAACACGCUAAGGGUAAAGGGCUGUGCAGGGCUGGUGAUGCUGUUGUGGUCCUCCAUCGGAUUGGAGCUGCAUCUGUUAUCAAGAUUGUUACGGUCAAGUGA